UCUCUUUUCUCUCUCUCUCUCUCUCUCUGAAGAUGGCCACAAGACGUCCCGCUCUUCUCCCCCUCUUCACGUUCAUUCUUUCUCUCUCAUCUCUCUUUCUUCCUUCACUAUCCUCCAUUGACUCCUUCGUCUACGUAGGCUGUUCGCAGAUCAAAUACACUCCCGACUCACCCUACGAGUCAAACCUCCACUCACUCCUCACCUCCCUCGUUAACUCAGCCACUUACUCAGCCUACAACAAAUUCACCAUCAUGGGCUCUUCCUCAGAGGACGCACUCAACGGUCUCUACCAAUGCAGAGGUGACCUCUCCAUGCCCGACUGUGCCACCUGCGUGGCUCGUUCAGUGAGUCAACUCGGGACUCAGUGCUCUCAAACUUGCGGUGGAGCUCUACAGUUAGAAGGGUGCUUCGUCAAGUACGAUAACACAUCUUUUGUAGGUGUAGAGGACAAGACUGUGGUGGUAAACAAAUGUGGACCGUCGAGUGGUUUUGAUGCGGAUGCCACGAAUGGUCGAGAUGCAGUGUUGGCUAGCUUGGGUGGGGCCGGUGGGCCCUACAGGGUUGGUGGGUCCGGAGAUGUUCAAGGUGUGGCUCAGUGCGUAGGGGAUUUGAGUGUAGGCGAGUGUCAAGAUUGUGUAUCGGAGGCAAUCGGACGGUUGAAAAGCGAGUGUGGUGGUGGUGGUGUUUAUGGGGACAUGUUCUUGGGCAAGUGUUAUGCUAGGUACUCGACUAGUGGAGCUCACAUUUACUCCAAGCCAAAUCAUGAUUCAUCUCACGACGAGGGUGAGAAAACAUUCGCGAUUAUCGUUGGAUUGUUAGCUGGGGUUGCUCUAAUUAUCAUUUUCUUAACUUUCAUGAGAAAGGUGCUAGAAGGAAAUGGUAAAUAAAAUACUAUUUGCAAGAAAAACUGGCACAGCCUUGGAUCAUCACUCUCCUCUGAUCUGCUUUUGAUAGCUCUUUUCUCUUCCUUUUUUCAUUCAUGAUGUCAACUUUUUCCUUCUUUAAGAAUUUACUUUAAUUUUCUAUCCGAAAGAAGAUUGCAAAGAAGAAAUGGAAAGAUGAGUCAAGGUGCACGGCUUUUUCCCUCUUGCUAAGUUUAAAGAAGGAAAAAAGAAGCAAAGAUUCCAUCCACCACUUAACAAAGUUGUAUUGUCUAAUGUGAAAAAAAAAUGGCACAUUAUUUCUGUAAAGGGACAGGAUGAUGUUUGUUCCUGAUGUUGUCUUGGUUGGUGCUGUUUUAUCUUUAAUGGCAUUUGCUUCAAAUAUUGAACCAUAC